UUGGAUUGACCAAUGAAAGGACGCGACGUCUAACAAGGCGGACCAAUAGAAAGAUUACAACUACCGUCGCCGGUUCGGUCGGACAUUUGGUGUUGGGUCAGUACGGCAGUGAUUAGUACCCGUGUUGCCGUUUCGUUGUGACCAGACAUGUCAUCUUCUAUCGUUGCUUUGACAUUGCUUGCCGUGGUUAGCACAGUUUCUGCAUCGCCAACUAAGGGGAGCGUUCCCCUGCAGACAUCAACUUUCGACAAGAUCGUUCCAAAGUUCAAGGCAGCGCUGGUGAAGUUCGACGUCACUUACCCGUACGGAGAAAAACACGAUGAAUUCGCCAAAGUCUCUGACGAAUCGCAGAACACACCCGAACUUUUGAUUGCCGAGGUUGGAGUGCAAGACUACGGAGACAAGGAUAACAUGGACCUCGCUGAACGUUACGGGGUAAAAAAGGACGACUUCCCAGUCUUAAAGCUCUUCUUGUCUGGCCAGAAUGACCCCGUUGCUUAUACUGGGGAAUUCAAAGCUGAUGACAUCAAGGGAUUCCUCAAGAAGCAUGCCGGUGUCAAGCUCAACUUGAAGCAUUGCCUUCCUAAAUUCGACGAGCUUGCAGAGAAGUUCAUGAAGGAAGAGGAUAAGGCGGCUCAGGAAAAGAUCCUGGAAGAAGCCAAGACUUUACAGUCAACCUUAGAGAAGGACUCUGAAAAGAAGUCCGGAGAUGUGUAUGUCAAGCUGAUGCAGCGGAUUGUGGAACGAGGGAAGGCCUUCGUCAAGAGUGAGGCGGAACGAGUCAAGAACAUCCGUGAGGGAAAGAUUUCCUCCACAAAGAAAGAGGAGUUGCAAGGUCGCCUGAAUAUCAUCAGUUCAUUCCAGCAUGAUGAGUUAUAACCCGGUUUAGUCAUUUGGGGGGGAGAUUUCCAUUGUCGUUCUUAUUUACUUUGUUUUGAGAUUAAUAAAGUCUCUUGUUUUUUUA